AUGUGUACAGAUGGCGAUUUUUCAAUGAUCGAAACUGAGAUGGGAUCUUGUAUUCAAUUUAACGCAGAAGGUGAAUUGAAGAGUGUUGAAACAGAAGGCAGCGUGUUUGGAUUAAAGCUGUAUCUUUUUGCACAACAGAGUGAUUAUGCAUCUUUCACCACAAUAUCCGGCUUCACGGUACUGAUGCACGAGCGAGGCGAAUUUCCCGAUAUGUUGGGCCUAGGGUUACAAGUGUCACCGGGAGAAAGUGUCCACAUAGCUAUGAAACAGAGACGACUGUCGAAUCUCCCUCCCCCACACGGACAGUGCAAAGAGAGAACUUUGAAGUACUUCCCCAAAUAUACCAAACUUAAUUGUGAUGCUGAAUGUUAG